AUGGGAUCUGGCCGUGUUUUAAGUUGAGCGGUGGUGGCCGUGCCACUAAAAUGAAAACCAUUUCGGACCUUCGGGACGUACCUCCGACCCUCCGUCUUUACCUGCAGGUUACUACGUGGACACCACAAUCGAGGGUUCUCCCACAAUGCCUAGUGAAAAUUCCGGAUAUACUCAGCGCUACAAUAUCGGUCCAGUCCUUGUCGAUCGCGCCAGGUCGUAUGGACAUCUCUUCCACAGCAAUGACCCCCCUUCACAAUCGGAUCGCACUGGCCUAUUAGAGGCGCUAAACACUGAUUCCUAUCGUCUCGAACAACUAAACGCGUCUGGGGAGCCUGCUGAAGUUGAUAAAGCUCAUCUAAAACGGCUUAUUGAUACCUACCGGUCAAUUCUCUCUCCUCUUCGAACUUUCCCUACAGAACUUUUGGUAGAGGUUUUCAAACACACGGUGGAAGAUUUCUUCCCUGUAUUUGACAUGUCACAGAGUCCAUGGCUUCUGGGUCGCGUCUGUCGACGUUGGCGAGCUGUUUCACGCUCUAGUGCUGAACUUUGGGCGUCCUUAUCAUUGGAAGGCAGCCCUCAGCUUGGAAUGCCAGAGAAUGAAGAACAUGUUCUUCUCAAUAUUCUUGAAGAUGCUCUGAACCUAUCGAGGCGGAAGGAUCUGUCCAUCAGAUAUUCUCUGAGUAGUGUUCCUCUGGACACUGACUCCCAGCUCAUCCGCAUCUUGAUUUCUCAGUCAUACCGUUGGAAGGACGUACAUUUUUCCAUUUCUCCUGACCUCGUUCCUGAUAUAAGAAAAAUCGACGGCCGCCUUCUAUCCAAACUCGUUCGCCUUCAUCUCGCACCAUGCGGAUUGGGUACGUUACCCGAAGAAACGCUGGAACCAUUCCUCCUGGCUCCAAGUAUCCGCGAUGUUACCCUUCAUCUUGUUGCUCAUUCCUUGUUCUCGCACCCACCUCCAUGGCGACGUCUCAUUCAUUUUCGAGAUGAUUAUCCUACUACCGUCGGUGACCAUCUCACCUUCUUAUCCCAAUUGAAAGGACUCGAAAGCUAUGCGACGCCUUGGUGCAUCACAACACGUGGAUCAAGUAGUCUGUCAUCGACCCACAUCACUCAUGAAACGCUGCGCUCGCUGAACAUCAAAGAUAUUGAUUUGCUUCAGUAUCUUGUAUGUCCAGCGUUGCAGAUACUUUCGGUGACUAUCUUCGAGGUGAAGAGAUCGGAACCGAAUCUAUUGAAUGUCUUCCGUCAGUUUUCUAGUCAGUCAUGCAACCUUCAGCAUCUUACACUUUUCGUACCUUUCAUCGGACCGAACUACUACUCCAUUAUGGGCGAACUUUCUACCAUUCUGUUUCCACAAUUGCACUCUUUCACUCUGGUCGUAGUACCUCACAGACCUUUCCAAAUACCCCCACGAUCCUUCCUCUUCUCCGCUGUUGCCUUCAUCGAGGCUCGAUGGCAUCCUGGUACUUUGUUGCGUCGCGUCGCGAUAACAACGGGUCUUGAGAAUGUUGAAAGUGAUCUUCUCGAUCGUUUGAGAGCGUUCAAAGGGGAGGGGUUGGACGUGUCCUACAAUGGGAAAGACAUCCAGAUAUAGACUGUGAAACACUACCAUUCCAAUAGAUGGUCGGAUGUCCGCCUGCUCAAUAUUUUACUGCUUUGAGUAUUUAAGCAUACGAUAGCGUCCCCACUGCAAAUGAUAGAUUAAUUUCUUUUGAUGUUAUAUAUUCAUGCCAUCGCUCUCGGGUACCGUUUUAGGAUCCCCGAAUCCGGAUACGCGUCAGAACAA